ACAGAGAUCCUCACAUCCUCGGCAGAGGGCAAGAGGGACGAGGACUCCGGUGGACGUGGACAUUUGUCCACACAUUGUCAGUGAAGAAGGAGAGGAAGAGUUGGGAAGAGCCUCAACUGUGGAUAAUCUACAGAACUUUGUCAAACACUCACAAGUGUUAAAAACAUGGGGAGUCCAGGUUGUGAACCCACCGGCUGUACCCCACACUCACCCCUUUACAUCAGUCACCAGCACACCCACCCCAGGGAAGGCUGGGUGGAUGAAACAGAGGACAUCAAACCACCCCGGAGUUUGUUAGGGCUCCCUGAGCUCAGCUGGCCCGGUGUCUACCUCCCCUACUACGAUCGAUUAGUCAUGGAGGAGAACCCCUCUGUGCCGGGGGUAACGGUGACACCCGUUCCCCUCGCUCCUUCCCACAGGACACAGGAUUCUAGACCACCUGUACUUAGUCCUGCCCAGGAAUCCCCGUCAGUGGUGGAGGGUCAAGCUGAGGAGCGCUGCCUGGAGCAGGUCCAGACCAUGGUGGUGGGGGAGGUGAUGAAAGAUGUGGACACGGCCUGCAAGCUGCUCAACAUCGCAGCAGACCCGUUGGACUGGAGCUGCGUUCACGUCCAGAAGUGGCUGCUCUGGACUGAGCACCUGUACAGACUUCCACAGGUCAGCGCCGUGUUCCAGGAACUCAGUGGGCGGGACUUGUGCUCCAUGACAGAGGCCGACUUCAGACAGCGUUCCCUACAGUUUGGAGACGUUGUGUACGCUCACCUGGACAUCUGGAGAUCAGCUGCAGCUAUGAAGGAGCGCUGCCCACCAGAGGAGAGGAAAUCUUCAGCAGACGAUGACUCCUGGUCAGAUGUGAUGUGUAGUUACCCCAGCCAGCCCAUCCACCUGUGGCAGUUCCUCCAAGAGCUGCUCCUCAAACCACACAACUACAGCCGCUGCAUCCGCUGGCUCAACAAAGAGAAAGGAAUUUUCAAAAUAGAGGACUCGGCUCACGUGGCCCGGCUGUGGGGCAUCAGGAAGAACCGCCCAGCUAUGAACUAUGACAAGCUGAGUCGUUCCAUACGCCAGUACUACAAGAAGGGAAUCAUCCGGAAGCCCGACGUUUCCCGCCGACUGGUCUAUCAGUUUGUCAAUCCUCUGUGAAGAAGAAGGAUGAGUCACUAAGAACAGAGUGAGCCGUGGGCUAUCACGAGAUAUGCUGGACAUACAGAAGACGUCACUCGAACGCAACACAUUUGUUAUAAAAAAAAAAAACUGCCUAAAGAAUCAUGCACUCCUGCCUAUGAUCAUUUCAUCCCAUUUUAUUAUGAAUUUUUUUGUCUCAGUUUUCUUGAGUAACCUCUUCGCUUAUUACGGUUUAAUUAUAUUUUGGUGUCACAUGUGGGGUUCCUAAAAAUGACUUAUUUCAUCUGUUGAAACAUGUUAACAAACUUCGAAAUGAGAGAGAAAUUCUCUUUUUCCAGCCUUGGGUGAAAAAAGUUUAGUAUUUUUAUAGUAAACAAUGUUAUGGCAUUUUCUCUAAUACAGUGGCUCUUGAACUUUUUUAAAACCGUAUCCCAGUUCCAGAAUAUUUCUCUCUCCAAGUACAGGUCUACCCUGUUCAGCUAAGCACAACAUACAGGAGAAUUGAUCCCUAAUAUGCCAUUUUGUUAGCCUAAUUAUUUGUAAAAAAAAUAGACAUUAAAAUAGCAUUACAACUGGCACUUCAUUCAAUUCAUGGCUAGCGGCGUGUGUCACAUUUUUGCAUCACAAUUAGCAAAAAAAAAAAAAAAAAAAAAAGUGUCUUUCCAAGUACCACCAAUACUACCAACAGAGUUAACAACGUUAGUGCAACAGAAGAACAGGUGAAUCAGUUCCACCAUGGACCACUAGAGAGCAAUCAAGACUACUUAUGGCCCUUGUACCACAGCUUGAGAACCACUGCAUUAUGAAGAUGGUGUGUUCUAAUUUUUACAUUUUAAUAUUUUUCAAAAAAAAAAAAAACUUCUGUAUUUUCCUUUUAAUUGUGAACAUCUUGUUUAAAUUAUUGUUGAAUAUCGGCUCGUGCUUUUUUUACUCCCAGGUGUCAAACCUAUUUCCAAGUUGCAGAGCAAUGCCAGAGUGAGUUUUUAUUAAAACUACCGUGAUUACGUUUCCAAAAUAUUUUUUCUCUCUCAGUUUGUUCAAUAAAAAUCCCUCAAAAAAACCAACCACGUUUUCUUCUCGAAGCAGAAACAACUCAGAAACACGCUUUCUUCUCGAAGCAGAAACAACUCCUUCACCUCACACAGAAAAGACACAGACACCAACUCCUGUUUUUUUUUCUAUCUUUUUUUUAAACCUUACUUCCCUUUCAUACCAGUAUCAUAAUAUUGACACCAUCACAACAAAGUGGAUUCAGGUCAUUCCGUCACUACCAUGGAUUUUAUCUGUGGUCAUAGUCAUUUUAUGCAUAUUUAAAUGAACGUCUUGUUACAUCAAGAUGAACAGGCACUACACCAGUUAGGAGAUAAAAGUACAUCACUAACUAUGAACAUACAUGGUUCUAGACCGUUAAUAUAGGGUUGUCACAACGCCCGCUGCUGCCCCCCUGUGUGCAUAAGGAAGAGAUCGUCAACAUAAAAAAAAAAAGCAUUUACAUGUACACCUUUCACUGCCUCAACGUGGUCAGGUCUCUUUUUAAACUCAACACAGUUGUACAGUUACAAUAGAAUAUCAUCUUUAAAUUACAUCAUCAUAUACAAAUCUGACGGCGUGGGCUAACGUCACGCUCGGGGUAUGAUACACUGACAACUCCAUUGCGAUGAGUCAUACGAUAUGGCGCCUAGUACUUAACAUUUGUUUUUCCAUUGCCGUUAUUUAAAUGAAACACAUUUACAUGUAUAACACUACAGUUUUCUCUUUAUAGUCAAUCACUUGCAUUUUUUUUAAUAUAUUAUAUAUUUUUUUUCAGUUACAUUUACACAACUCACACACACUGGAUGAUGAUGGUGUCGUCUCCCCCCCGCCCCCCAGUAGUUAACCUGAUCAGGUGGUCUGUGUGUUGGAUGCUGCAUGUGUGUGUGUGUGUGUGUUUGAGGAGGUGAUGACAGGAGUCCUUUUUGCUCUGCUGGACAGCUUAACUCUAAGACACAACUUGUGAGCUGGUGAUGGGUUCCUCCUCAUGUCAGACCCAAACCUGUGACACUCUGUCAAUACAGAGUUAAACACAUCCAGGGGGCGCUGCUGGGGAUUUUGGGCCCCGUGAAAAGAUUUUUUCCCCCUGGGCUCCUUAUACAGCUAUUUAAUGGAUUUUUGACUAUUGUUAUAUUAUUUUAUGUCAGUAUUAUAAUCUUAUUGUGGGCCCCUAAAAUACCCCCGCCCCUCAUUUUGAUGCCCCAGAACACACCUAUCGGCUCUGUGAAAAAUCUCAGAGACGACUGAGCCAAUUAGGAGGUAAAUAAGAGUCUAGGAAUGACUGAGCAAUGCGCCCCUAGUGGCCAAUUUAGCUUAUUUCGCAAAACAAGCAUCGUCUUUAAAAGACUGAUGAGUUCUGGGCGGACUGUGAGGCAGCUACAAGUUGAUCUCCAUUGAAGCGGUUUGUCGAUGCGAUAUGUGAAAAUUAUUGCACGGCGAGAAAACAUUGAGCUGACGUUGCUGUGACGAGCCACCAAACUCUUUCUUUUUAAGCUAGUAAGAGCUUAAAGUUACAGUGAGAAAAUCCCCAACACUGAUACAUUCAUGUCACCUGAUAACACUGACGUAUUUCUAUUGGCUCUGGAAGAAAAGCGUCACGGUUCCAAAAAACCUUUGUCUUUCCUACAGCGGCGCUGACCUGAUCUGGCUUCAUUAGACAGAAUGGAGUUUGACCGGUGAAUGUUAGCGUUAAUGAGUUUAAACUGUGACGUCAGCAUCUACAGAAGCAGUGAACUUCUCAAGGAUGCGUGAGGUUGUCAGAUGAUUUGUGCUGAAGAAAAAAAAAAAAGCUAAAAAAAAAAGAAGAAAAAAGACAAAAAGAAACAAAUGUAAAAUCGGUUCAUCACCUUGCGUCCUCGCAUGAAAAUGAAAGCAUGUCCAGAAGCAUGUGACAAUGCUGACCACUGUGACCUCUGCAUUUGUAGCCCAAGUGUUGCAUCAGGGUGUGACCCACACCAGGAGGUGGGAUUUUUCAGGGAAAAGCCAUUGGUUCCAUAGCACAUGCUGCUAUGCAGUUCUAGAAAACAGUAAUAAACACACGGCACCGCACACAUGAGAGAAGAGGUCGGAGCAGGUCACAGAGAAACA